AUGUGUUUACCCUCCACUACUCCACUGUGUUUACACUCUCACUACUCCACUGUGUUUCACCUCCACUACUCCACUGUGUUUACCCUCCACUACUCCACUGUGUUUACCCUCCACUACUCCACUGUGUUUACCCUCCACUACUCCACUGUGUUUACCCUCCACUACUCCACUGUGUUUACCCUCCACUACUCCACUGUGUUUACCCUCCACUACUCCACUGUGUUUACCCUCCACUACUCCACUGUGUUUACACUCCACUACUCCACUGUGUUUAACCCUCCACUACUCCACUGUGUUUACUCCUCCACUACUCCACUGUGUUUACCCUCCACUACUCCACUGUGUUACCCUCCACUACUCCACUGUGUUUACCCUCCACUACUCCACUGUGUUUACCCUCCACACUACUCCACUGUGUUAACCUCCACUACUCCACUUGUUUUUACCCUCCACUACUCCACUGUGUUUACCCUCCACUACUCCACUGUGUUUACCCUCCACUACUCCACUGUGUUUACACUCCACUACUCCACUGUGUUAACCCUCCACUACUCCACUGUGUUUACCCUCCACUUACUCCACUGUAUUUACCCUCCACUACUCCACUGUGUUUACCCUCCACUACUCCACUGUGUUUACCCUCCACUACUCCACUGUGUUUACCCCACACUGUGUUUACCCUCCACUACUCCACUGUGUUUACACUCUUACUACUCCACUGUGUUCACCUUCCACUACUCCACUGUGUUACCCUCCACUACUCCACUGUGUUUAACCCUCCACUACUCCACUGUGUUUCACCCUUUCCACUACUCCACUGGUGUUACCCUCCACUACUCCACUGUGUUUACCCUCCACUACUCCACUGUGUUUACCCUCCACUACUCCACUGUGUUUACCCUCCACUACUCCACUGUAUUUACCCUCCACUACUCCACUGUGUUUACCCUCCACUACUCCACUGUGUUUAACCCUCCACUACUCCACUGUGUUUACCCUCCACUACUCCACUGUGUUUACCCUCCACUACUCCACUGUGUUUACCCUCCACUACUCCACUGUGUUUACACCCUCCACUACUCCACUGUGUUACCCUCCACUACUCCACUGUGUUCACCCUCCACUACUCCACUUGUGUUACCCUCCACUACUCCACUGUGUUUACCCUCCACUACUCCACUGUGUUACCCUCCACUACUCCACUGUGUUUACCCUCCACUACUCCACUGUGUUUACCCUCCACUACUCCACUGGGUUAACCCUCCACUACUCCACUGUGUUUACCCUCCACUACUCCACUGUGUUUACCCUCCACUACUCCACUGUGUUUACCCUCCACUACUCCACUGUGUUUACCCUCCACUACUCCACUGUGUUAACCCUCCACUACUCCACUGUGUUUACCUCACUCCACUUACUCCACUGUGUUUACCCUCCACUACUCCACUGUGUUUACACCUCCACUACUCCACUGUGUUCACCUCCACUACUCCACUGUGUUUACCCUCCACUACUCCACUGUGUUACCCUCCACUACUCCAAUGUGUUUACCCUCCACUACUCCACUGUGUUUUACCACUCCACUACUCCACUGUGUUUACCCUCCACUACUCCACUGUGUUUACCCUCCACUACUCCACUGUGUUUCACCUCUUCCACUACUCCACUUUGUUUACCCUCCAUACUCCCACUGUGUUUACCCUCCACUACUCCACUGUGUUAACCAUCCCACUACUCCACUGUGUUUUACCCUCCACUACUCCACUGUGUUUACCCUCCACUACCCCACUGUGUUUACCCUCCACUACCCCACUGUGUUUACCCUCCACUACCCCUGUGUUACCUCCCCUACGAUACUCCUGUGUUUACCCCUCCACUACUCCACUGUGUUAA